AGCAUGGUGAAGGACAACACAUACCAAUUACGCUAAUUUGGGGCAUUAAACCACUUGAUAACAGUGACUGUCUUAAUCCAAAAGCCACGGAACACUGGUUACAGAUGCUACAUUUACUAUUAGAAAUACUGAGGAUCAGAAUUGGCUAAUGGAAUUGUGCCGUAAGGUGGAAAACCAAAGCUUUUAUUACUCUGACCAAGACAAGAAGCCAAACAUCUGCUUCAUGGAAGACUUUCAUAGGUUAAUGGAGAGCCAACAGUGUUCACAAACUGACCAAAACCUUAACCUUUGCUGCAACCAUGUUACAUUUCCCUAUAAGAGUGACAUACUUCUUCACUGUAUAAAAAUGAUGGUGAGAGAACAAGGGGGCGAUGGAAUGGAAACUUAUGAUAUUGGUCCCAGAUUUGAUGCAGAUGGUAACUUAACAGUCUUGGUUUUGGAAUUUCAGACUGUGAAUCAUUAUAGCUUCAACUACAGCAAAACCAAGAAUGGGUGGUUUACCAGCAAGCUUUCACUUUAUAAUCUUCAACACACACUAAGUAUUGAAAUUAUGGUGGUAACCAUCUUUUCCAUUGUGAUUUCAUUUGUAGUUCUGCUGCUUGCUACAUGGAAUGUCUUCCUUAGUCAAUUUGCUGUGACUUCAAUUGGAGGAUCAGUUAUGGUCACAACUGGAAUUUUGGUUCUUUUGGAAUGGCAGCUGAAUGUAAUAGAAUCCCUACUUAUUUCAGCAGCUGUCAGUCUUUCUGUUGACUUCACUGUCAAUUACUGCAUUUCAUACCACCUUUGCCCACAUCAAGACCGCCUAAGCAGAUUAGUAUUUUCCUUAAAACAGAUGAGUUGUGCCACAGCUGUGGGGGCUUUCACCAUGUUUUCUGCUGGGGUAAUAAUGCUGCCUGCUACUGUCCUGGCUUACAGGAAUUUGGGCAUUUUUAUAAUAAUGAUAAAAUGCAUAAGCUGUGGAUUUGCUAGUUUCUUUUUCCAGUCGCUAUGCUGUUUUUUUGGACCAGAGAUGAACUGUGGGCAGAUAAUAUGGCCCUGUGCCAAUGCGUUUAAAGAAUAUCCAAAUGACUCAAGGUGUUUGUGGUGGUAAAGAGAAGCAUAACAGAACAAGGAAAGUGCAAGAGUCCAACACGGGCAAUGAACAAUAUGAGUUACAGCCUUUAGCUAGGAACCUCAGUGACAGUUU